UGUGCGCGUUGCUGGACCAAUUGCUGUUCACUCCUGUGGCUCACCCCUCGCCCGUCUUUGUCCAGGACUGGAGGCGAUGGACGUGGCCGGCAACCCGUACGACGGCGUGAACGUGCCGCUGCCGGCGCCUCCCCUCCUGACGAAAGGCAGUGCCUCCAUGUCCAUGUCCAUGCCGGCGUCGCUUCGUCGGGUGCGAUUCGAUUACUACAACAGCAUCCUGGACUCCCACCUGCACCUCAUCCUGCAGUGGCAUGCGGCCACACUGGAGGACGUGUGCAUCAUGGGGGACACUCCGCGCGCGGCGACCCUGCUGUCCGCGCUGCCCGCGCUGCACACGCUCAAGUGCCCUCUGCUGAAGGGCAUGCUGGCGCUGCUGCAGUGCCCCAGCCUCAAGAAGCUGGCCCUCAUCCUGGACCUCAACGCGUGGACGCGGCCGCUGAUGUCCGAGGCGGAGGAGCUGGUGCGCAGGGCGGCGACGCGCCUGGAGGAGCUGACGCUGGACUACAACCAGGAGAAGAACCCGGCCGCCGAGGCCGUGAACCUGGUGCUGUGCCUGGGCGCGGACGCGGCGCCCACGUCGCUGCGCAGCCUCGCCUUCGUCCUGGCCGACAGCGACGUGCCCCCGCCGGUGCUGCCGCCACUGGCCGCCGUCCUGCACCGCCUGCCGCUCCUCACCAGCCUGGACGUCAACUGCAAGCCCCCGGACGCCUUCCUGCGCGCGCUGGACGGCAAGGUGGUGCCGGCGCUCACCAAGCUCGAGGUCUGGCUCAAGGACGACGAGGACGAGUGGCUGGACAGCGAGCCGGUCCAGACGGUCUACGAGAGGUACCCGGAGCUGGAAUUUUGGAUCUGA